CAGAAAAAAAAAACUCAAGGGCUUGGAGGAGAGGGAGUGGGGAAAGAGAAGCAGGGCAUUGAUGCUGGAAAAGGGAGAGCAGGAAACCAUGGUAGAGGAGCUAAAUAACAAUUUGAAGGAAGUAUCACAAGUAACCUUCAACUUGAAGACUGAUCACUUUGUGCUGGUUCAUGGCAUAAGUGGAGGGGCUUGGUGUUGGUACAAAAUCAGAUGCCUCAUGGAGAAUUCAGGCUACAAGGUUUCUUGCGUUGAUCUUAAAAGCGCGGGGAUCGACCAAUCCGAUGCGAAUUCAGUCCUUUCUUUUGACGAUUACAACAAGCCACUGCUGGACUUGUUGUCUGCUCUGCCUGAAAAUGAACAGGUAAUAUUGGUAGGGCACAGUGCUGGAGGGCUCAGUGUAACCCAUGCCACUCUCAUGUUUCCAAAGAAAAUCAGAUUAGCAGUGUAUGUUGCAGCAACAAUGCUGAAACUUGGCUACUCAACUGAUCAAGAUAUCAAAGAUGGGGUGCCUGAUUUAUCUGAAUUUGGUGACAUAUAUGAGUUAGGGUUUGGAUUGGAAUCCAAUAAACCUCCAACAAGCGCCAUGGUCAAGAAAGAAUUCCAACGGAAAAUCAUAUACCAAAUGAGUCCUCAAGAGGAUUCGACACUAGCUGCCAUGCUGUUGAGGCCUGGACCGCUCCUAGCAAUAACGACAGCCCGUUUUGAGGAGAAGGACGAGGUUGAGAAAGUGCCUCGUGUUUACGUGAAAACGUUGCAUGAUCAUGUCGUAAAACCAGAGCAACAAGAUUCGAUGAUAAAGAGGUGGCCACCAUCUGAGGUGUAUGUUUUGGACAGUGACCACAGUCCCUUCUUCUCCACCCCAUUUUUGCUUUUCGGCUUCCUUGUAAAAGCAGCAGCUUAUGGUGGGCUUAAAUAGUUGCUAGAAAGCCGAGGAGAAUAUAUAUAUAUAAAUAUGUGGUUGUGCUUUUUCUUUUUAGCAACCAUUGAUAACAGAACAAGGGAAUAAGAACAUACAUAAUGUUCAUUAGUUGGACAAGACAUUUGAGAA